ACAAGAUGAGUGAGAGACAGGCAUCACUUUUGACGGCACCGUCUCCUCAGUCAGUCAGCCCUCACUCCUCACCACCCACUCGUCGGCCCCUUCUCUCUUUCUCUCUCCUCUUCACAGCUCUCUCUCUCUUCACAGCUCACAGUCUCACACACUUCUCUCAGUGAUACCCUCUCACUCACAAGUCACACCAUUCCAUUCCUUCCUGAUAAGAGAAGUUUAGCAUCCAAAUUUCAAAAUGGCUACAUUCUCCAUUCUCUCUCCUCCCCAUUCCUCUCCUCUCCUCCUCUCCCAUUUGCUUCUCUUCUUCGUUUUCUUUCACACCCACCCACCCGUCGUCUCCGCCCUUAACAUCACAGCCCUCCUCUCCCCCUUCCCCGAUCUCUCCCUCUUCAACAACCUCCUCACCACCUCUUCCGUUGCCUCAGAUCUCUCCCUCCGCUCCUCCCUCACUCUUCUCGCCGUCCCUAACCGUUUCCUCAGCUCCUCCGAUCUGGUUCGUCACUCUUCUGCCACUAACACUGUCGCCGACGUCCUCCGUUACCACGUCCUACUCCAGUAUCUCUCAUGGCCCGACCUGCUCAACGUUCCUCCCAACGGCAAGCUCGUCACUACCCUCUUUCAGGCUACCGGCCGUGCCACCGCCGACCUCGGCUCCGUCAACAUCACCCGUAACCCCUCUGGCUCUACUGUCCUGGUUCGGUCUACCAAUUCGUCCACCACCAUCACCAUUCUCUCUCUUGUCAAAACCCUUCCUUACAAUGUCUCCAUCUUUACCGUUAAUUCUCUCCUUGUCCCCCCCGGCUUCGAUCUCAUGGCUUCCGAGAACCAACCCCCGGUGGGUCUCAACAUCACCGAGGUCUUGAUCAAUGGCCAUAACUUCAAUGUCGCAGCUUCCAUGCUCACCGCUUCUGGGGUCGCUAAGGAGUUCGAGAACGACGAAGGUGGAGCUGGAAUUACUAUCUUCGUCCCCACAGAUAUGGCUUUCGCUGAUCUACCCAUCAUGGAUAGGCUUCAGUCUUUACCUGCUGACAAGAAGGCUGUGAUCUUGAGGUUUCAUGUUUUGCAUUCUUACUACCCUUUGGGUUCACUGGAAUCUAUAGUGAACCCUGUGCAGCCCACGUUGGCGACGGAGAACAUCGGGGCUGGUCGAUUUACUCUGAAUAUUACGAGGGUUAAUGGGUCCGUGGCGAUCGAUACGGGGAUUGUUCAGGCCUCCAUAACGCAGACGGUUUUCGAUCAGAACCCUGUUUCGAUUUUUGCUGUUUCCAUGGUUUUGUUGCCCAAGGAGAUUUUUGGUAACGAACCCACGAGAUCUGCCAGUGGGAAUCUGGGAGCGGAGCCUCCGUAUGUGUCGUUGGCUCCACAGGAUUCGCCUCCGGCUCGCCCCCCGUCACCACCGGGUAUUCUUAGGGAUAUUCGAUCGAGUGCGGCUGUUGUUGAGCUAUGCAAAGCUAUUACUCUGCUCUGUAUAGCAUUCAAUUACUUGGUCUGGUAGUAAUAUUAAUAUUGUAUUUAAUUUAUAUAAUUUUUUCUCCUCCUAUUAAUCUUAAUUUUUUUGGAGGUAUAUUAAUUGGGCGUUCUUGGAAUAAUAUGAGAACAAAAGCACCAAUUUUUUUUUUUUUUUGUUGAUUUUCUGUUCUUCCAUGGAUGUUUUCUUGUAAAGAGACUGUAUUCAGUUCAGUUCCUUCUUUUUUUUUUUUUUGCUUUUCUGGUUGGGGAUGGUCUGUCAGUAUGGGUGCAAGCAAGAAGGGCUUUUGUUUCUGUUGUAUUAUGAACUUGUUGAACUAUGAGAACGGAAUUGACAAUUAGCAUUUUCUGUUAAAAGGAAAGGAUCAAAGUUUAACUGUUGUA